AUGGCGGAGCUACAAAUGCUUCUGGAAGAGGAGAUACCAGCAGGACGAAGCGCACUACUGGACAGCUUCACCAAUUUGGAAAGGGUCGCAGAGUACUGUGAGAGCAACUAUGUCCAGUCUCCAGACAAGCAGAGGGCGCUGGAGGAGACCAAAAACUACACUACCCAGUCUCUGGCCAGCGUAGCCUACCUGAUAAACACACUCGCCAACAAUGUGCUGCAGAUGCUGGACAUCCAGGCCUCGCAGCUCCGCCGCAUGGAGUCGUCCAUCAACCACAUCUCACAGACGGUGGACAUCCACAAAGAGAAGGUGGCGAGGCGGGAGAUCGGCAUCCUCACCACCAACAAGAACACGUCCCGCACACACAAGAUCAUCGCGCCGGCCAAUCCGGAGCGGCCGGUGCGCUACAUCCGCAAACCCAUCGACUACAGUCUGCUGGACGACAUGGGGCACGGAGUCAAGGCCAGCGCUCAGAACAUGAAGGCCGGAGGAGGCGCCCUCCCUCGCACCAACCCCCCCACACAGAAGCCCCCCAGCCCGCCCAUGUCGGGGAAAGGGACCCUCGGGCGCCACUCCCCCUAUCGGACGCUUGAGCCGGUGCGUCCGCCCGUUGUCCCUAACGACUACGUCUCGAGCCCGACGCGCAACAUGGCGCCCCCCCAGCAGAGCCCUGCACGCACUGCAUCUGUUAAUCAGAGGAACCGCACGUACAGCAGUGGGAGCAGCGGAGGCAGCCAUCCCAGCAGCAGCCGCAGCAGCAGCCGGGAGAACAGCGGCAGCGGCAGCGUUGGCGUGCCCAUCGCCGUGCCGACCCCGGCCCCGCCCAACGCCUUCCCAGGUGCUCCUCCUCAGUUCUACAGCAUGAACCGCCCGGCGCAGCAGCCUCCGAGCCAGCAGGUGGGAGGCUCGCUGCCGUACCGCCGACCCUCGUCUGUCACCGGGCAACCCAACAUGCCACACAACCAGAGCCAGCUCAACGGAGGACCCCACUUCGCCCAGAACCAAGCAGGUCCGCUCGCGCCCCCUCCCCCCUCCAUGCAGAUCACCCCUCAGCUGCCUCUGAUGGGCUUUGUGGCCCGAGUUCAGGAGACUAUCUCAGACGUGCCGCCCCCGCCUCCGCCCUCAGACGAGCCGGUGUUUGAGGAGCCCACACCUCCUCCUCCGCCGCCGGAGGACUACGAAGACGAGGAGGACGAGGAGGAGUCAGCGGUGGUGGAGUACAGCGACCCCUACGCAGAGGAGGACCCUCCCUGGGCCCCACGCAGCUACCUGGAGAAAGUGGUGGCCAUCUACGACUACGCCCGAGACAAAGAGGACGAGCUUUCGUUCCAGGAGGGCGCCAUCAUCUACGUGAUCAAGAAGAACGACGACGGCUGGUACGAGGGCGUGAUGAACAGCACCACGGGCCUCUUCCCCGGAAACUACGUCGAGUCCAUCAUGCACUACGCCGACUGAACAAUCCCCACC